AUGACGCCACUCAACUUCGAGGAUACUUCUAGUAUUGAUACCUUUCCCCUGGCCACCUUUCACACAGACUCUCUACAACCAGACACAACAACAACACCUGACUGGCAGAGACUCAACACAAUCAUAAAUCAACGAUCCACAGAGCUCGCCACAACCAGAACCCUGCUGUCACCGAAAAAUUCUUCGAGCUACCAACUACCAUUGGAUAGCAGGACAACUCGAGCAUCCCCUAACUCGAACCAACUAUCAUUGGGAAGUUCCGUGCCAAACCAUCUAUGUGCCUACUCCAACAGAUAUCGUCCUUUGGAUGACAUCUCCAUGAGCAGCCUAGACACAUUGGUUUCCACUACAAUGAUGACUGACGACCAUUCUUUGCAAGACACCUUCAGCAUUUCCACAAUCUCCGACUUUAGUUUCGAAGAACACAACAACCCUGGCUUCACACACACCACACCACCUCACGAUAAUGCGAUGGGCACAACCGACAUUGUCACUACUCCAAUACACCCAGAACCUACAAAUCUCUCACUUACGGAUGAGGUACACCGAAUAGUGACAGGAACCAGCCAAAAGUUUGUCCCCCCCACCUUGUCGCUUGGCAUGACCAACUCAGAUGUCGUCAAGCAACUCAGCAAGCACCAUGGUCCUGUUUCAAUGCCAACGAGGCCAAUCAGGCAAACGUAG